AUGCAUGGAAAUGUGUCGCCCCGACCCGAGCCCAUCGCCAUGGAAAAUGAUCCUGGUUCCGCGGGGCCGGUUGCGGUUGUGCGACUACGGUCCGAGGCGGUCGUUCGUCCAUGGACGGUUACGCAGCAAGGGUCACUCGGAGGAAUUGCUCAACAUACGUGCAUGGCUCAAUCCAUGUAA